AUGUCGGAUGAACGCGUGGAAGCAUCAGAAUCGACCAAGGAAUCGAUCGAGUUAGCCGAAAGCCCGAAAAUAUGCUCGUUCAGCAUCGAAAGUCUUUUAGCACCGAAUAAGAAAAGUACGGAGGACGCGAGGCGUGUACCUGUUCCGACUGAUGUGUAUUUGCAUGCUCAUGAAUUAACGAACGAUUCGGAGGGACGGAAACUGGUAGCGCCAGAUUCGUCUAUGAUCAUGGCAGAGGAAAUCGAAUACGAUGAUUCCGAUAUGGUCUGUUCCACCUCUCCUGAACCGGAAAUGUGCUACGAAGCGUGCACCAGUAGCAGCGGUGCCAACUCCACGACAGGUGCGGAUAGAGACGGUCAGGAAAAAAAUGCUAGCGCGAUUAGCGAUGACGAAAGGAAGAAGAGACCACGCACUGCGUUCACCGCAGCUCAGAUCAAAUCGUUGGAGGCGGAAUUCGAGAGGAACAAAUACCUGAGCGUGGCGAAGAGAUUGCAGCUGAGCAAGAAUCUCAAACUCACCGAAACUCAGAUUAAAAUUUGGUUUCAAAACAGACGAACAAAGUGGAAGAGGAAGUACACAAACGACGUGGAGUUGUUGGCGCAACAAUAUUAUUCCAGUUUGGGGAUUCCAGCACCUCGACCAAUUUUCGUCGGUGAUCGUUUGUGGUUCUUCAAUUAUCCGGGACAACCACAGCCAGGAACACCGAUCUUUCCACAGCAUUUAGCGACAGUUCCUUUGCCACCCGCUUUACCUAUCGUACAACCGCUACCAAGUAACUUGUCGAUGGGACAACAGUCAUCGAUCUUUCAAAACAUACCCGCAAAUAACCCGCCGUAUCAUUUGAGCCAAAGAUUAGACUUUAGGCAUUCGGACUCGUAA